UGUUUAUUUAUGGCCGUGGCGUGCAAUCACCUGACAGUCCGCUGGGUGCUGUUUUUGAAGAGUUGUCGACGAGAUGCCUAUGGUCGGAGGACUCGGGGCUGCCAAGCCCGCCACACCUGAGAUCCAGGAGCUCUGUGACUCGGUAAAAGUGCAAGCGGAGGCGAAAUGUGGAGCGAACUUCAGCACCUUCGAAGCCGUCGAAUACAAGACCCAAGUUGUUGCUGGAACAAAUUACUUUGUUAAGGUCUUCAUUGGUGGUGAUAAAUAUGCACACGUGCGCAUCUAUCAAGCCCUUCCUCAUGCACAGCAGGGGCCGACCGUCCAUUCCUGUCAGCUCGACAAAUCCAGGGAGGAAGAGAUUGUCCAUUUCUGAGCUCGUCGCGGCAAAAUCCCUCCUUUAACCUGUAGCCUGUUCAGUUUUUAUGCCGUACUGAAGUCUUACCUCUGCUUUAAACCUAGAAAUACUAGCUUUUUUUAUAUUCAACUGCAAUGAAAAUGGUUUAAUUAAAUCAUGAGACCCCAAA